AUGUCUGGGGUCAAGCGCGACUGGAGUGGUAAACUAAAGAGGGACGGGCCCAAGCCGGCUCACCCUGCGCCGGCAAGAAAUGCAUUCACGCCCAUGUUCGAACGGCUUCGUGAUGAACUCGAUGAGCACCAUGAUCGCCGCGAGCGCAUCGUCAAGCUGUCUCGUGAUAUUACAGCCCUGAGCAAGAAAAUCAUUUUCUCCCUGCAACGGGUACGCAAAAUCGAGCCCCAGCUCCCCAAAAACAUCCAGGACGAGGUCGAUGCCCGCCUAGCAGAAAUUGCCAAAUUGCUGGCAGCUCUCGCCCCUGAGAUCCAAGGUCUCAACCGCUACCGCUACUCCCGGUCUUUGAUGUGCCUUGAAGAGCUUGUCGAGGCCCUCACCUUUGCCCACUACCUCAAGACCCAAACUCUCAUCCGCUACGAGGACCUAUGUGCCACAGUCGAGGAUCUCACCCGGCAGGGCAUCGCUGCUGUGGCCACGUCCUCAGAGGACCAGGUCAUGACGGACGCGGCAGACGGCCCCAAACAGGCCGACGCAACAAAACCCGACCCACCGGCGACCGUCUCCCUGACCCAGGAUGACUACCUCUACGGCAUUUUCGAUCUUACAGGAGAGAUGAUGCGGUUUGCUACCACGACUCUGGCGCUUACGGGUGUGCUGGCCGGGUCAGAGUCAAGCACUAGUGGUGACGAGCCGCGCACCAUCCUUCAAGAUAUGCACGACUUGGGCAGCUUCUUCGAGAUGUUACCUGUAGGCGGGGGCAGUCGGUUUCAGUGGGAGAAGAAGCUGGAGGUGACCAGACAGUCUGUGCAGAAAGUUGAGCGGUUGGGGUAUGACUGGAUCAUACGGGGCAGUGAGAAGCCUAAGGGCUGGGUGCCAGAUCUGAGUGCUCUUGAUCAGGGUCCUCCCGAAGAAGACGAGUGA